UGUUCAGAGAGCAUGGAGCUUCAUUCACUCUGCUAAACACACACACACAUCCACACUCAUAUAUCCCCUGGAAAGCUGUUCUCAAGCUGAAAGAAAAAAGAGGAGCAGCAGAGAGGACGGCACACUCGCUGAGUGGUGACAGUCAGAAAAAAUAGAAACUAAGAGGGGCCAAAGAGGGACAGACACUGUCAUCAAAUCCUGGAGAGCAAGGAGGUUUCAGAUCCGGCAAAUUAUUCCAAGUGAAGACCCGAAGCAGGUCCAAGGGAGCGAUAUCUACCCACGGCUACCAGGACCAACCUCACAAUGUCCCGGAGGAGGUCUACAGGUGAUCUGGUGCCCAGGGACAUCACUGAGAUCUUAGCGAGGGAGGCAAGGGUUCAGCGUGGACAGAAGAAGUCUGGAAGCUCCCUGGGACAGGCCUUCGGCUGGUUAAGGAAGAGUCGGAGGAAGAAGAACCUCGGCAAUGGGCUGGACCGUAUUCCCACUGGGGUGGCGAAUAAUAAACUGGGACUUCACAACCAAGAGGCUGCAAAGGCUGGGCCGAAGGGGAAUGAAGACCAGAAGAGGCUGACGGUUCACUACACGGCCUCCCAGCACUACCAUGAGAAUGUUUUUAUGGAGGGCAGCAGGCCUCAGUACCUGGAAGACUUACACACCGAAGCUCAGGAGGGGCUCAAGAUACUACAGCAGGAAGAGCACAAGAACGGAAUAAACUUUGCUGACAAUGAAAGCAUUGUUUCCACAGAUACCCUCUGCCCAGAGCAGGAUAGCAGCUCCAAGGACAGAGGCAGCUCUUUGGAGUCAAGACCCAACACUACUAAUGAUACCACAGCAACUUCUGCUAAGUUGAACCAGCCUGGGCUUACUCACCAAGGCUCCACAUUCAAGCCUUUGAAUCCAGUGAAAAGACUUGAUAGGAGCAGGAAGAGGAACAGACGGACCACCAUAAUGGGCAUUCCUAACCAGGUCCAGAAAGAGCUUGCUCUAAACAGAAGUUCCACCUUUCAACCACUUGUUUCGACUCAGCUCCCUAAUCAUGAAAAUCAUGAUGGCGACAGUCAGUCAAGUGUCGUUAUCGUUCCAACAGUGAAUGGAGGGAAUCCGUUGGGAAAAAAAGAGGGAGCAAGGGUCCACCUUUCAGAACUGGAGCAGGUCUUUAGGGAUGAACAGGAUGUGAGGAAACAACUUCGGGGAAUGUACCAAAAUGAGCAGGCCCAUCCUUGUCUUACAUCCACAAUAAGACCCAAAUCUCUUGCAGUUCCUAGUAUGACAACAUCCUUUUCACUCUCUCCCUCAAUGUUUAACUUCCUCCAGGAGCCUCAGGGUCCAGUGAUGUCUAUCUCUCCUCAGGCCACUUACUUGUCUACAAUCAUCCCUAAUGCUGUUUUACCGGCUUCAGUUGAAGUAAUUGAGAUUGACCGCAGCAGAAGUCGGACUCAUGGAGGCAGUGUUUCUGCUGUCAGCAAAAGUAGCCUGACAUCUGAGGAAUCGGCAGUUAGUCCUUUGUUGUCCAGAAGGUCAGAUGGUGACGGUUCCCAGACAAAUAGUUCCAACUACAACUCAGCACUAAUGCCCCGGUCGGCCUCAGGUUCAAACUGGAGUGAGUCCCAGUCCUCAAAAACAAUUAUUUCAGACUCCUCGGUUGCAUCUUCUAAUCGAGCAGAUUAUAAUGUGCAAGAAAGCCUGACAGAGGAAUCUGGUGAUGGCCAAGAUCUCAACGGUCUUUGUAGCUCAGUUAAUGCACUUAGCAGCCUGCAUAAAAUAGAAGUAAAUGCAACAGAAGCACAGUACGGGCAUGGAGCAACACAGUCAUUGGGUGUUGGGGAUCAAGCAAAAACCAAACGCAACUGCAUACAUAGUCUUUCAGUUACAAAGACCAAACAGCCCCCAACACCUCCAAGAAGAACUAACUCUCUACAUGGUAAAAAGAUGAGAAGCGAGUCCAAGAUUGUGGUGGAGUUUGAAGAUUUUAGCAACCCUGGUUCAGGAGAAGUGAAAGGUCCCUCCGAAAAUAUAGUAGCAGAGGAUGGAAUUAAAUUGCUUGCUCCAAAUGCCAAUUUGAGCCCAGAACCUUUGUCAAACUCUACAGGGCCAACCUCAACAAACUCGUCCUCCACACGUUUAUCUCCAUUGGAAGACUCCUCUAACCAGUCUGCCGAAGCAGCAGCGUCACAACAAGAAUCCGACCCUUCCUCCCCUCAGAAAACACCCUCAGAUGGAGGAAAAUUUGAACGAACAAUGUCUCCUUCCAGUGGCUACUCCAGUCAGAGUGGCACUCCAACACUUUCCCCAAAAGAAAUCUCCCCACACUUCACAGAUAAAGAAAUGAAAAAGAAACCCAUCAAACCGGAGAGAUCUGCAUCUCGGGCCUCAUCCUCAGCAGCUUCUCCCUCUUCCUCACUCACCUCUUUAUCAUCAGGUACAUCUGAGCCUGCAAAUGCAGAUGUUACCACGUGCAGCACAACUCUGCCUCCAAGGGAUUCCUCGACGACAAAAGAAGUUACUCCGAGUAGCAAGCCCUUAUCUUUAAGAGCAGAAGUACAGGAACUGUUUAACAUCCCUCCUCCUCCUAAUGUCAAAGCCCCUCACCCACCACCUCCGGAGACAUGGGCCCACAGCAGACGCACUGUUGAGCUCCUGUGUGCACCAUGUUCUAAUGUCAGCAAAACUCCACUGAAGCCAGCACAGAUUCAGGGCUGCAAAGAAAAGCAGAUAGAUGCCCAAAGAGAGCCCCGAAACGACACUCAAGUUACAGCUGAAAACCAAACAAACCAGGAGAAUCCUGUUUUGGAAAUGUCUUCACAUUUAGAAACCCCUGUAAUAAAAGUUUCUGAAGAUGGCAAAAGUGGACUAAAGGUUAAAGAACAUUCAGAUACAGAACAAAUCCAGAAAAAUGAAAAGGACAGUACGGAAGCUAAUAGUACCGAAGAGAGUAGUAUCUGUAUUGUAAAGAAGCCAGAUAGUCAAGAAACAAUUCAAAAGAAAGAACCCCCCCUUGUCAUGAAGAAACCCAUGAAAAUACUGUUCAGAGAUGAAACAGAGCGACCAUUAGAGACACUAGACAGGAAAUUGAGUUGGAGUGCUGCAACAGAAGUUCAUUUGUUUGUUGAGGACCAUACAGCCCCCUCUGAAAACUCUGCAACAGUUCCUGGUGAUAAGAGCGAGAUGGAAAAGAGUGAAGUUCAGUCUAUGCAGACACUUAAAGUAGAUGUCCCCAAAAUGAGUAAGCUCUCACCACCACCUACACCUCCUCCAGCUUACCAGCCUACACCCCCUCCAAUGAGGAAACCUGCUGCUUCACAGGUGUCUCCAACUCCAAAUGAGUCAGAGAAGGAACACAACAUGUCAGAUGUUGUAGACUCCUGUUGGCCACCUCCACCUCCUCCUUUAGAAGGGGAAUCUGCCUUUGAUGGCGGAGAUGAGUUAGAUUUCCCCCUACCUCCACCGCCAUCCAUAAGAGAUGAUGUAGAAGAUCCCCCAGUUACUUCAGUUUUAAAUUUAGCUGACAACAAAUCAGUGAACGUUGAACAGGUUUCAAAACUUGACACUACUAGUGAGACUUCUUCCCAGGAUAUUUCAUGUGUUACAGACACAGUUUCACCCUCGCCUAUAGAAUUGCCUCCUGUACCACCUGUUACCAGAGCAGAGAGCCCAAUGUCGACCCAAGUAGUGGUUCCUUCCAGCAGUUACCUGAGGCGAAACUCUCUUAAACCUGAAGAUCAGUCUCCCUCUGCUCUUCCAGGCAAUCCUCAGCCUGCAGUUCCAUCUUCUUUGCCAAAAGCACCUCCUGCACCAAUGGAAAAUUUAACCUCUGGGGUUAAUUUCAGAAGGCAGCCCAGUGGAGCCCACAGAGACUCCAGGAGCAAGGAACUUCUUUGUCGCCACAAAAGUGCUCCAGUUCCAAAAGAGGAUGCAAACAUACCACUCGUAACCCCCUCGCUGCUGCAGAUGGUUCGCCUCAGAACGGUUAGCAUGACUGAAGAUCAGAUGCAACCUUCAUCUGAGGACGCUGCACCUGAGGGAACUCCAGUUCUGGAGAACUGUCCUGUCUCUAGCCAAGGAUCUCAAAACAUUCCUCCGAAGCCCAUUCGCAAGUCUUUGUCAGUGAAAACUCCGGCUCAAACUGUAAAAACUUCGACGGUGAGAAUGAGCUCUCCUUCAGUGCGCUUGCAGGAGGCCAUCCGUAUCAAAACUGCAGCUAUGUCUUCCAGAGACUGUCUUCCCCCCAGACUGGGUGUGAAAUCCCCCACUUACAGCUGCAUUGAUGAACCAGGAGUGCAGUCUCUAAAACCACUUGAAGGAUGUGAUAUUCUUAAAUCCCCAGCAUCCACAGCUAGCUUUAUCUUCUCCAGGAGCACAAAAAAGGUGGUCAUCGAGCCUGUAGCCACCAGCUCCUCAGAGGCUCAGGCAAAUCUGAAGCAAAGCUUGGCAGCUGAACUCAGGCAGGUCUCUGACCAAACAAAGGCUGGUGCUCUCUCAAACGGCAGAGCUAGGACUGACAGAAUUCCUCCACCAAUAGCUAAGAAACCAACCCCUGGCAGUACAAGUCCCUUGCUGAGCUCCCACAGCUGUUCAGCAAAGACGGAGCUCAGGAUUGACGGAAACAAAGCUCCUGGAGCUGCACAACACGUGGCACUGCCAAAAACAACUACAAGAGUGACGGCGGACACGAUUGAAACACUGUUUUGAGUGAACGAUGUGUGGACAGACUCACAGGAGGAACGGAACAAGACUGUAAGCAAGUGAAAGGACGAAUCACCACAUUGAUUUAGUAAUAUUACUGAGGGACAUUAAUCUCAGCUUGUUGUGUUUUCUCCAAAAGCCUUAGCCUGUAAUGGCCUUCCGACAUUUUUAUGCAAAACUGAAAAUGCCAUGUUAAAACCCCCAACGUCUAAAGAAAGCUUUAUUUUAUAGUACUUUUCUAAAUAAUUUAAUAUGAAGACCCCCUCAGGGUGGAGUGAUGCACAUUACGUGAAGUGUCUCAUUUUGGAUUGUGUAAGAUCGCCUCCCAGAGGUUGAGUGAAGUAGUGCAUAGAGGGGAAGAAACGUUUUUGUACAUUUUUAACCCCAAGCUGCAGUUAAAAGGUAAUGCAUAGUACUAUGUUUCAUUGGGACUGACAGAGUAUCCAGCCAAGGACAGGGAGAGACAUUGUCUCCUUGGUUAUACAUGUGUGUACAGAAAUUACUCAACCUAGUUUUAGUCCUGCUUUUCACUGUGUGUAAAAGUAAUAAAGAAAAAGGGAUGAUGAAUAAUCCUAUGGGAUGAAUGAUUUUUUUAAAGCUACAGAUAAUAACUUUAUUAACAUGCAACAAAAAGCCUUUAAAUAUGGUAAUCUACUAACAGGUCAGGUCAGUGUUUCUUGCACAGCACUGGGGCAUACAGUACUGGGAAAAAGUAUGUUUCAGAUCAUCAAAACAAUCUUCAAGACUAAAUGCAGGUUUCAAAAGAGCUUUUUUAUUAAAGGGAAAACAGCUAUCCAAACCAACUUGGCGCUAUGUGAAAAAGUAAUUGCAUAAUUUAUUUUCAUCGGGGCAUGAUGUCUUGCUUUUUGAGAUCUUUUAGCCUACUUCCUGUUGUCAGACAGGUUCUAUUCAAGUGAUUUACUGUCGCUACAUGCUCAUCCAAAAGGAGUGAAAGCUGCAAGUUGCUAACUCUAUGCAAUCUGCUGGGUUUCCUUGGAUAGAACAACUUUUUAACCAAUUUGAAUAAUAAACUAAUUCCGACUACACUGUUUAAAAGAUAGGAUUAAUUGCAAUGUAUGUACCGGAUUAAAAAUCAGUAUGAUUCGAUUGAAUUGAGUUUGUAAGGUGCCUUGAGACGAAGUGUUGUGAAUUGGAGCUAUAGACAUAAAAUGAACUGAAUUGAAUUGAUGUCAGGCAAUAAUAGGGCCUGAGUGUGGCUGGUGAAAUCCUGAUUUGUCAAACUGGCCCUUUGUGAAGAUAUAGUGGACAAGGAAGUCAAUUAUAUUUUCACAUAGGGUCAGCUUGGUUUGGAUACCUCUUUACCCUUUUUUUUUUUUACUUAGAUAUUGAUGGGCUGAAACAUGUAAGCGUGACAAUACAAUUAAGAAAAACAGAAGAAUUCUGUGAGGGAGCAAAUACUUUUUUACAGCACUGUAUAAAGCAGUAAAACAAGUAGGCUUUGAUUUUGUCCACUAGUAGCACUGGCAGUCACCUUACGCUAACAAAUAAUAAAUAUUUUAGACUCUCCACAUAAAAAAACACUUUUGGAGUAACAAACCUGGUGAAUUACCUUGGAAAAUUGAUACACUGGAGCUGGUUCUGUACCUUAAUUGAAAGGUUUUGUUCCUAAAACUUGGACUUGAGAUUUGAGGAUAGAGAAUUAAGCUCAUCACUAUUUGCACAAAAAACCUUUUUCCCUGUGGAAUCAUACAAUGUCAAAUCUUGACUCUUUGUAAGGGUUUUUUUAAAUCUCCAUUUUGGUGAUUAUAAAGGAUCAUGUACAGUUAUGACUUCUAUUAAUAAAUUCUACUUGUGUCAAA